UGUAUAUAAAUACAGCCUGACCUUCCAACAAAUCACUGCAAGAAAAGUCUCCUUUCCCUCUCUUUUCUGUUUUCUCCAAGGUUUGGAGUUCAAGUUUUUCUAAUUUUUUUGUCAGGAAAAUAUGUCUAAGGAUGCAGACUUAAAGAAGAUUGAACUUAAGGUGUCUGUCAUCUGCUGCGAUGGCUGCAAAAAGAAAGUUAAAAAGACUUUGCAGAGUGUUGAAGGUGUUUUAAAGACUGAAAUUGAUCCUUUACAACCAAAAGUUACAGUGUUGGGAAAUGUGGAUCCACAAAUUCUAAUAAAAAGACUCUUAAAAACUGGAAAACAAGCUGAAUUGUGGAGUCAAAAUGCUGGAAAAGAAAAGAAAGAAGCAGAAAUUACAGUUACAAAAGAGAAAGAAAAAUCAAAAUCUGAAUGCAAUCAACAAAAAUCCUCAGGUUCAUUAGAGAAGGCAACAGAUAAAAAAGAAGCAGCAAAAGAUAGGGGCGAAGUUAAAGAAUUAAAGAAGGAUCAGAAAGAGACAAUUAACAAUGUUAAUUCUUCAAACCCUGAAGUUAUUAUCAAGACGGAACAUCCUCAAGUCAGUGAAACAAAGAAUCAAACUUUGUUUAAGGAUUUGAGUAAUGCCAGUACUUGGAAUCAGAAUUCUUACAAGGUUGAGCCUUGUGCAGUUGCUAUACCUUAUUAUGCAUUACCUUCAUAUACAGUUACUCCUCUGCCUCCAACCUGUUAUGGACAGGAAUAUAUUUUCCAUCAAGAAAGGCCGGUUUUCCGACCGCAGUUUCAGACUCCGGCCGUCCAAGUUGGGGAUUAUUUUAGCGAUGAAAAUACAAUGGGAUGUCAUAUUAUGUGAAAAUUGCAGGAAAGGUAAUUCUUUUCUCAAGGGUAGGGUUGAGUAACCAGUGUUUUUGUAGUCUACUUAACAAUUAGGAUUAUGGACUAUUUCUAUUAGAACUUCUCUAAUAGUUUAUUCUUGGCAA